GCAUGGUAAAAUAAAUUACAAUUGAUAAUGAAAAUGUUUUAGCCAAAAAACUGAUUGACUGUUCUAAAACUAGGUUUCUAAAUCAUGUGAAUUUCUUUUAGUUAUAUUCAAGAAAGUAUCGUAUUCUUCGUAUCCGUUACACACUCAAGUAGAUUGGCAUUUAAUAUGAGCAGUGAACAGUGUACAAAAAAAAUAAAGCUAGAAAAUACAACAAUAAAGGAAGGAGAAGCAGAAAUCUUACUGAGUAAUACAAAUGUAUUUUAUAAUCCUGUGCAAGAAUUUAACAGAGAUCUUAGUAUAGCAGUACUAAAGAUCUAUGCCAAGGCAAGAAGUGAAGAAGUAUCGAAAAAGGGUGUUCCAAAAAAAGAUGGAAUAACCAUUUUAGAAGCUCUAUCAGCAACAGGUUUGCGUAGCAUUCGCUAUGCUAAAGAAGUACAGGGUAUAAAGCAAAUUGUGGCUAACGAUAUCUCUAUAAAGGCUGUAGAAAGUAUUAAAAAAAAUGUGAAACACAAUGAGGUAGAGAAUCUAAUAAGCCCUAGUCAUCAAGAUGCAACGUUGUUGAUGUAUCAAUACAGAAAAGAACAAUUCGAUGUUAUAGACCUAGAUCCAUAUGGAUGUCCUACAAUAUUUUUAGAUGGGGCAGUCCAAUGUGUAUCUGAUGGUGGAAUGCUCAUGGUUACAGCCACAGACAUGGCUGUGUUGGCAGGAAAUUCACCUGAAACUUGCUACCUAAAAUAUGGAGCUAUUUCCUUAAAAUCUAAAGCUUGUCAUGAAAUGGCAUUACGUAUUUUGUUGCAAACUAUUGCCUCGCAUGCAGCUCGCUAUGGAAGAUACAUAGUACCAGUCCUGUCUAUUAGUGUUGACUUUUACAUCAGAGUAUUUGUAAAAAUAUUCUCCAGUCAAAUUAAAUGCAAGGAUAAUGCUACUAAAAUAGGAAUGGUAUAUCAAUGUACAGGCUGUGAAAGCCUGAAUACUCAAUCAUUAUGUUAUAAAAAGCCAUCUGGAUCUUAUAAAAUAUUAUCAUCACCAUGCGUGGAUCAACUUUGCGAAGUUUGUAAGCAUAAACAGUAUGCUGGAGGGCCUAUAUGGCUGGAUGCCUUACAUGAUCAAACAUUUAUCUCUGAACUGUUAUGUAAUUUACAAGUAAUGAAGUUGGGAACCUUGAAAAGAAUAGAAGGAGUACUAAAUGUUAUUCACGAAGAGUUAGACACUCCCUUAUACUAUACAUUAGAUCGUUUAAUGUCUAUAAUUAGAUGUCACACACCAUCAAUAUUAAUGUUUAGAUCCGCAUUGUUAAAUGCAGGGUAUAAGGUAUCAUAUUCGCAUGCAAACAAAAUAUCGAUAAAAACGGAUGCACCGCAUCAAGUAAUAUGGGAUAUCGUUCGUACAUGGGAAAAGGACCACCCUAUAAAACGAGACAAAUUACCAAGCGACAGUCCUGCGUUAUGUAUAUUGAAUACACCAAUUACUACUAAUGUUUCAUUCGAUAUACAUCCUUUAGCUAAUCCAGCUUCUAGACAGAAACAUUUGACUCGUUUCCAACAUAAUCCUACUAUCUGUUGGGGACCCGGUACUCGUGCGAAAACAAUAGUUGAUUUAGAAACUAAAGUGAAAGAUGAGAAGAGGAUAAAGAAUCAAAAUAAGAACGCUAAAAAAGAAAAACUACAAACUACAAAUAAUAGUGAAGACAUGCAAACAGACAAAAUAAAUUAAAAAAUUCCUACCGACAGUCUAAGCAGAUCUAUUUUUAUAUAUUUAGAUUAUGAAAAUAUUUGUAAUCGAUAAAAUUGUAUUUAUCUAUCUGAUCAUUAAAUCCUAAAUUGUACAAAAUUGUAAUCGCAUUAUUUGUAACAUUUAUACAAUUGUAAAUAUCAAUAUAUUUUGUAUAUUUAAAAGUUACUGUUUAACAUUUCCAUAUAUAUUGGGCAACACGUAUAAAUUAACUACACAGUAAUAUCACGGACUCUAAUAGAUUAAAUUACUAAUACUAUGAUGUUAAUGAUAACAACUAGAUACUGCUAUAAUCUGAUAUAAAUUGUUGAUCAAUACUUCUCACUGCUCAUUCAUAUAACAUUUUUUAAUAACGACGUAAUAACGGUUGAAAGUAAUGAAACUGGCGCAACAAGUGGGGGGACAUUCGCUCGUGAGGUUUAUAUAUUCACGUAACGACAGAAUCGUA